AUGUAUACCGUCGGCAAUGUUUACGUCAUCGCCGCGGCCUCUGUGAUCGGUGGUGGGCUGUUUGGUUUCGAUAUUAGCUCCAUGUCAGCUAUUAUCUCCACACACGCCUACAAGUGUUACUUCAACCAAGGCGAUGAGCCCUGCAAGGGUCCACAAGCCAAUGUCCAGGGAGGAAUCACCGCUGCUAUGCCUGGUGGUUCGUGGCUUGGAGCAUUGGUCUCUGGUUACCUCUCUGACCACCUGGGACGAAAGAGAGCUAUCCAAAUCGGUGCCGUGAUCUGGUGUAUCGGCUCCAUCCUCGUCUGUGCCUCGAAUGGAAUCGCCAUGUUGAUCGUUGGCCGUAUUGUCAACGGUUUCUCUGUCGGUAUUUGCUCUGCACAGGUUCCGGUUUACAUCACCGAGAUCGCACCACCAUCAAAACGUGGUAGACUUGUCGGAGCCCAACAAUGGGCAAUCACCUGGGGUAUCUUAGUCAUGUUCUACAUCUCCUAUGGGUGUUCGUUUAUCGACGGCACUGCCGCUUUCAGAGUUCCCUGGGGUCUGCAGAUGAUUCCUGCAAUCAUCCUCUUCUGCGCCAUGCUCUUCCUGCCAGAAUCUCCUAGAUGGCUAGCCAAGAAGGACCGAUGGGAGGAGGCUGUCCAUGUUCUUGCCUUGACACACGCCAAGGGUGACGACAACUCGCCCUUCGUUGCCAAGGAGAUUGCAGAGAUUAGAGAGGUCGUCGAGUUUGAACGCGCCAAUGCAGAUGUCACAUACUUCGAACUCCUGAGCCCGAAGAUGAUCAACCGAACGCACAUCGGUGUCUUUACUCAAAUAUGGUCACAACUCACCGGAAUGAACGUUAUGAUGUACUACAUUACCUACAUCUUCACCAUGGCUGGUCUGGGCAGCAGCGUUCUCUUGCCUUCCUCAAUUCAGUACAUCAUCAAUGUGGUCAUGACCGUUCCUGCUCUGUUGUUCGUUGACAGAUGGGGCCGUCGCCCAACUCUUCUCAUCGGUGCUGUACUCAUGAUGUUAUGGCUCUUUAUCAACGCUGGUGUCCUCGCCACGUACAGCAAAGUGCCAAAACCAGGGCAAUUCGACACCAAUGCUGAGUCUAUGGCCAUCACCGGUGCACCCGCCAAGGCUGUCAUUGCAUGCACCUACCUUUUUGUCGCUUCCUAUGCACCUACCUGGGGUCCAGUCUCAUGGAUCUAUCCCCCAGAACUCUACCCCCUCCGCGUUCGAGGCAAGGCCGUCGCUCUCGCAACCUCAGCAAACUGGGCCUUCAACUUCGCUCUCGCAUACUUCGUCCCUCCGGCGUUCGCCAACAUCCGCUGGGAGGUCUACAUCGUCUUCGGUGUCUUCUGCGUCUCCAUGUUCAUCCACGUUUUCUUCGUCUUCCCAGAGACUAGUCAGAAGCCUCUCGAGGAGGUGGAGGGGAUCUUCGAUGAUACCACCCCUGGCUCCAUCAGAUUCCUCGGUACACCAGCUUGGAAGACAUCUGUUGACACGCGCGCUCGUCGUCUGGAGAGAGGCGAACUUGAUCCAGAAGACAAGCACGUGGCAGCCGUUGAGCAUCAUGAACCGUCUCCAGAGAGAGUUGCUGAGAUUCCCAAAGAGGGCUAA